GCCUGGGCGGCGCGCGCGCUCCUGUAGCACUUGGCAUCGCUCCGCUCUCAGCUCCUCGUGGUCGGCGGCCUGGGCACCGCGGUGCUUGGGAGGAUGGACAAGGCCUGUGAAAUGAGAUACAGGAUGAUGGACAGCCCUUUGGGGGAGAUCGAGAUCUCCGGUUGUGAGCAGGGACUGCAUGAGAUCAGGCUGCGCGGCGGGAAGACCCCGGACGCUGGACCCACGGAGGCCCCCACUCUUCCUGAGCUGCUCGGCCGUCCAGAGGAAAUGACGGAGCCCCUGGUGCAGUGCGUGGCCUGGCUGAAUGCCUAUUUCCAUGAGCCCGAGGUCCUCCCAGGCCUCCCCUUGCCUGCGAUUCACCAUCCCGUUUUCCAGCGAGAUUCAUUCACCGCACAGGUGUUGUGGAAGCUGCUGGAGGCUGUGAAAUUUGGAGACACGGUUUCUUACCAGCAACUCGCAGCCCUGGCAGGCAACCCCAGAGCAGCGCGGGCAGUGGGUGGAGCGAUGAGGAGCAAUCCCGUGCCCAUCCUCAUCCCGUGCCACCGAGUGGUCUGCAGCAGCGGAGCCGUGGGCAACUACUCUGGAGGACUGGCCACGAAGGAGUGGCUGCUGGCCCAUGAAGGCCGCCUGCCGGGAAAGCCAACCUCUCCCGGAGGGGCCCGUCCGGCUGCAACUGGGCGCAGGGCGCGGGGCGGCCCCCAGCCGGCUGGCCGGGAUUGCGUACGUGCAGGAGUCAGCGUGUGAGUGAGGCUGGAAGUGGCGAUGUGGUGGCACCGCUGUAUUAAAAGAGCUGGACGUGUCCUAAGGGAUGUGGUGCGUGUGUUCUCUCUCGUUUUUACAUUUCUCAGCAGAGCGAGUUCGGGAGACCGGCCCUUGUUCGUACAGUUAGUAUCCUCACCCUGCUCAUCUGUCUCCAGCGUCUCUCGGGCCAGGGCAGCGACUGUCCCGAAAGGCAGGCGCACCACGCCCCGGCCCCCGCACAGGCCUGUCACAGUCCGCGGCCGCGUGUGUCCCUGAGAAGCUGGCGCCCCGGCCCGCACCCCGGCUCCCCGUCCUCUCAGCCCUUGAGGCUGCCGGCCAGUGUUUUCCACUCACACCUUCCCUGAAGGCGAGGGGCCACCUGGAAAUGGUGCUCACGGAGGUUUUCCAGCUUUGCUUUUCUUACCGCCAGAAAAGCUAGUGCAGGAAGCGUCCAUUUUGCGUUGCGUCUGCCGAAUAGAAAAGAACCACCCGCCAGAGCGAGUUGGGAAAACAAAUAGCUCUUUGAGGUGGGUUUGGUCGCAGUGGCUCCUUUAUGGGGGUCCUGCCUCAGGCCCCGGCUCUCUCCCGACACCGUUGACCUUCGUGUGCCCGGAACAGAAGGUGACGAGGCUUGCCGACCUCUCCUCCCCGGCACCCCAAGACCGAGCCUGGAAGUCAGAGGUCACACAAGAAGGUGGGUCAGCUCCUUUCCCCGGGGGCAGUCCAGAGUAUUUCCAGCAUCCACCACAGACGUCGGUCUGACACUUCAUUAUCCUGUUGUCAUGUUAGCUUUAUAAUUAACUCUAUCUGAAAAGCUACAAGGGGAACUCGUAGCUAUGCAUGCGGAUAAAUAAAAUAGAGCCUACGAUCUGUGGAGAAAAUAAACCGCACCCCGCUGUGCAGUAGAAAGCUGUUUUUGCCAGGGGUUCCUGUGACAAUGGAAACCACAGCCGCGGAACUUAGGUGGUUUGUACAUGUCGCUGAACGCCGGGGCAGACAUACAGCCUGUGAUGGGCACAGUUUGGGUGUGUUUUGUAUUUCAUGUUAACACCUAUAAAAGAACAAGUAUCUAACGUAAACUGACUUCUAGCUUUUCUCACCAGUUUGCAGUUUAAUAUGUCCUUUU